AUGUCUUCCAAUCAACCUGCUGCCGGUGUCACAGGCUAUGUCUGCGACAUGUGUGGUCAAGGUCUUACGAGCAGCGCCUACCUCGCUCGUCAUAAAUCCAAAGUUCAUGGAUCCACCUACUUUGGCUGCAGCGUUGCCGGGUGUGACUUCGCCACGACGCGCCAGGACAGCCUGAAUAACCAUCUUCGUUCCCACGGGAUCGCCCCUGCCCAAAACCUCAAGUUUGUCCACUACAGUCCGCCUCAGUGA